AACGCUUUCAAACCGUACGUUACCAAACUGUAGUCUUAACCAGAUACCAGCUUAGUGUUAAUUUGGAUUGUUGUCUAUUGCUUUCCCUAUCGAACAUAAUCUCAUACUGUUCUUUUUCUACUCUCAGUACGCUGGGUACCAUCAGGCUAGACUCAGACUUACCGACGGUUGAAAUUUUCAACUGCUUGUGAGUCUUUUAGACUUUUAUUUUAUGUCCGCCUUCGUUCUCUCGGUAUCCUAAUGAAGGUGCGUGUGAUUUACGACUUCUCUGCUCAAUGGAGUGGUGAACUCAGUGUUAGCGUUGGAGAGGAACUCACAAUUACAAAUCAAAAUGUCGGAUCGGGAUGGUGGCAAGCAGUAAAUGCAUUAGGAAAAGAAGGUCUCAUUCCUUCCGAAUUUGUGGAGAUUAUAGAGUUACCAGAACCACCACUGCCACCUCCACCAUUGCCUGCUGUUGAAUAUGGGAAAGAAAUUGAUCGCUUUGAAGAAUGGGAUGAUGAGUGGGAUAGUGAUGAAAAUGAUCUUCCCAGUUCGAACAAAAGUCAGAAUGACAAAUAUCAACAACCAGUUGAUUAUAGUACACCUCAAAUUGGUGGCAAGCAAAUAGACUCUUCUGUAUCAGCACCUAAUAAUGCUGAUUACAUACGCAACAUACUUAUACGAAAGUUUUUUCACAGAUCAUUCAUUCGUAAUGGUGGUGAAGAUUUUCUAUUGGGUCAUGAUUCACCGCCUUUUCCCCAGACCGAAGCUAAUAUCGAUUACAUUGAUGAUUCGUUUCAAUGGCGUCGUUUAUCAAAAGAUCAUCUCACUAGUUGUAUUUCAUCAUUUCGUAAAGAUACCAAAAUGAAAGGGAUCAAAAGUUUCAUUGCUUAUCAAAUAACAAAUUCAGUUACACAAACACAAGUCAGUAGAAGAUAUAAACAUUUUGAUUGGCUUCAUGCACGUUUAUUAUCAAAGUAUCCAUGUAUUUGUAUUCCACCGUUACCGGAGAAAGCAAUUACAGGUCGAUAUGAAGAUGAUUUUGUUGAUGAACGUCGUAAAUGGUUACAACAAUGGUUAACUCGUAUGUGUAAACAUCCAGUUAUAUCGCAUAGUUCUGUAUUUUUACACUUUCUUACUUGUACUGAUUUCAAGAAAUGGAAAUCAGGUAAACGUGAAGCAGAAACUGAUAAAUUACAAGGUGGACGUUUUUAUUUUGCAGUCGAAUCAAGAAGUGGUCAAACACCACAUGACUAUACAGUUGAAAAAGCCGAAGCAGCUGAACGAUUCUUAGCUGAUUUGGAUAGAUCAACGAAAUUUCUAUGUGAAACAGUUAAUGAAUAUCAUCGGAAAUUAAGUACUAGUAUUCGCAAAGACUUUUCCACAUUGUCAAUGGCUUUUCUUAACAUGAGCAAAGCAAUUGAAUCAGAUGUUCAUACAAAACAAUUAAAUACAAAACUGUGUGCGUCGCUAACUGCUACUGGUAAUACACUCGGAACAGUAUCAUGUAUUCAUGCAAUCCAAUCAGAAGCAACAACCAAUCUAUUAGAAUGUUUAAAAGAAUAUGCUCGUCUACUACCCAAUACAUCAACUAUUAUUAGUUUAGCUAAAGCUGCAUGUCUUACUGUGGAUGAAUUAAAUCGUUAUAAUUCAACCACAACUGAUGAACAAAAACUUUGUCAAUCCGAUGUGAAUCGUAUUCAAUCUGGUGCAUUAGUGAUAACACGUUCUGUUCAAGCUGAAUGUAAUUUCAUUAUGAAUCAAAUACGUGAUGAAUGGAUCAGUAAAAUUAAAGAUUAUCUUCAUGGUCAAGCACGUUUCUAUCAUCAAAUUGCUGAACAAAUAGAACGAGCAGCGCAUUCUUUUGACAUUAAUUAACUGAUUUCGCUUUUCUCUCUCUAUCUAUGUAUUAUCUUAUUUUGAAUAUGUAUACGUAUAUAUAUAUUCUCUUGUGAACACUCAAUACUAAUAAUAAUAAUAAUAAUAAUAUUGUUACUGCCUUAAAAACUUACAGAUUCGUUAUGCAUAUACCAAUCACAUUGCUCAUUGAUUAUUUUCAUACUUAUUGCCUUUUUUAAUUACUUGUCCACACCGCUCUUGAUUAUUAACUCAACUCUACAACAAAUUAUCUAAAUCAUUCCAUUUUUUGUUUGUAUAAUUUUUUUUUAAAACUAAUUUUUUUCCCUUUUCUCAAUGACCGCAUCACUACCCAAUCCGCACCCACCCAUUGUGUGUGUGAUAAUUUAGUACUUUUCUUUUUUUUCUUCUUAAACGUACUUCUACAAGUUAAUUUUCUUAAUCAAUCUUGUGAUUUAUUUUUAAUAGACAAUCGUGAUGAUCAUUGAUUUCUUUCUAUAAAAAAAACAAAUAGAUGAUUGUACACUUUUCGUACAUGUACUACUUCUUAUGAUUCCAAAAUUUGCUCGGCUAUUUCAUAUUAGCAUAUAAAUGCUGAUAUUCUCUUUCAUAUGGUGAUUAUUUUGUGCCUUUUUCUGAUUUUCUAUCAUUUCACAACAUGUAUUAUACAUAAUCAUAUUCAUUGAACUAAAUAAAACUCUGUGUCUAUAUCAUCAUCUAUAGACAUAGAGAUUGAAUAUAUUUAAUGAAUGAUACUGAUUUAUUGCUCAAAAUGUAUGGAGUUUCAAAAAAAAAUAUAAUUUUUAUAAUUUGCAUUGAUGAUCAUCAGUUCAUAUCUUU